AUGGGCCUGGUUUGUAGUGAGGUAGGAGCCACAGGGGGAGAGAAGGAGAGGCGGCGAAAGACAGAAGCUCCCACCUGUCAGGGGGGUUGGGGAGGGGGAGCAAGAAGACAAGGAGCAGAAGACAAGAGCAGCAGGCUUUUGAGAAUUCUCAAAAAACCAGCAGGCAGACAAGGAGCAGGCAGACAAGGAGCAGGCAGACAAGGAGCAGGCAGACAAGGAGCAGGCAGACAAGGAGCAGGCAGACAAGGAGCAGGAAGACAAGGAGCAGGCACAAGGAGCAGGCAGACAAGGAGCAGGCAGACAAGGAGCAGGCAGACAAGGAGCAGGCAGACAAGGAGCAGGCAGACAAGGAGCAGGCUUUUGAGAAUUCUCAAAAACCAGCAGGCAGACAAGGAGCAGGCAGACAAGGAGCAGGCAGACAAGGAGCAGGCAGACAAGGAGCAGGCAGACAAGGAGCAGGCAGACAAGGAGCAGGCAGACAAGGAGCAGGAAGACAAGGAGCAGGCAGACAAGGAGCAGGCAGACAAGGAGCAGGCAGACAAGAGCAGGCAGACAAGGAGCAGGAAGACAAGGAGCAGGCUUUGA